ACUGCUGCGUACGAGCAGCUGGCAUCGCCGCUUUUGCGGCCUUCGCUUAAACCGCGAGCGGCGUCUGCGACGCCGUCGCGGUCCAGCUCGUCACUCAAAAAUGUGCGUUUUGCGCAUCAACUAACAACCGUGAAACGUUUUGACACGCGAUCGGAACCCAUUUCGAUCUCAACCGAGAACUCUCCGGAACCUGUUGCCGUGACAAUUGACUACGGUGACAGUUUCAAUAAUAACACUAAUGAUAAUAAGGAUAAGAAUAAUGACAAUUACUAUAAAAGUGAUAGCACCGAAGACGAGUUUUGGUUCGGUACCGCGCUGUCACGUGCCAAGCUCCAAUUGCCGUUGCCGCACAAGCCUUCGUCCAGUUUCAGUCUUUUCGAUCCAACGCUGUACAGCGAAAGCGACGAAGACAGCGACGAUGACGGCAGCCAUGGCAGCGGCGUCGAUCCGCUGUUGCAACUUCCCAGCCGAACGGCCGCUCCAGGCGCAGGCGCAGGCGCUGGCGCUGGCGCCACGCUAACAACCGGCUCUUCAGCUGCAUCUGCUUCUUCUUCUUCUUCUUCUUCCACCCAGCGGUUUGUGGUGGACAAAUGGCGGCUUUUGUCCUCGGACAUCCAGCCCGUGAUCACCAGAAGGGCCCUCGACCUGCAGUCUCACAUCCUCGCGCAUCUCAGAGGCCACAACAUCAAGCUCAACAAACUUUCGUCGUGUUUGGACUCCCACAAGAUUCAGGGCCUCAUUUACGUGGCUAACCUCAAUUUCGAAAAAUCGCUGGAAAUUAAGUUCACCUUCAAUUCGUGGCAAGACGUGCAUUACGUACCCGCGUAUUACCAUCGCACCGUGACCCGCGGCAUCGACGAGUUCAAAUUCACUAUAGACCUGGCAGGACUUUCCUUUUUCAUGCAAUCCAAAAACAUUCUCACUUGCAACUCUCACGUCUCGGAAACAUCUUGUCAAGUCAAUAUGGAAAUGUGCUGCCGAUACGACGUUAACGGAGAAACUUAUUAUGACAACAAUAACUACAAAAACUACCAUGUUGAGCUGCAGGCGUUCACGGAUCCGGUCAUUCAAAGAAGCUCGGUUUCCGUGCCUAACUUGACCGCAUUGACGUCCUCUACUACCGAAACGCCUCGUCAUUCUACCAACACAUUUGCCAGCGGCAUAUCCACAUCUUUCAAAUCUGAUUUUCUGGCAUCUACCACGUUGUCAUCCAGCGCCUCUAAAGCUGUACCUAAACAGGCAGCCGCGUCCGGUCGAAAAUUCUCGGACAACACCGACUAUUACAAUACUUCACCUCUCAAACAUUUAUUUCACAACGAUACAACACUGGCAAAGCCAUCGCGCAUCAACGAAGUCACUUUUGACUAUGACACCACACCAACUUCUCCGAUGCAUUUACUCUUCGACCAAGGUCAUGGGGGCUCCAACUAUACACACACCCCACCACCUUCUCAAAAUGGUGAACAUGCGGCGGACCCCGCAGCACCAUCCCAUAUAGAUCAUUCCAACGUUCCAGAUGCAUCACUUUCGAAGGAGAACACCGAUUUUGCGCUUCUGAGGGACACCUCGGAGUCGUCGUCUUUGGACACUCUUCGUCGCCCAAUGACAGAUGCUCCUUUUUCCGCUUCGGACUCUGCCGUUGACACAGCUUUCACGACUGAUAGCUCGUCUUCUUCCUCCUCGGGAAGAAAACCUCGCUCUCUCAACGGAUUAUUGUCUUCAAAGCUGAAACGCGACCUGUUUCUGUCAUCGGCUGUUUCCGUUGAACCUAAGCCUGCUCAAGAACCUUCCGCUGCAGCGAUCGACUACAACAUGUUAAUACAGUCCUACUGUUUUUAUGACUCCAAGGAGAAGGCUACAAGUCCCAAAACUAUCACACCCUCAUUCUGGACAAACCAAAUUUCUUCCAACACACCUCCGAUUUUAUCUCCCAGUGAAAGACACGACUGGAUGCUUUGA